AUUCGUUUUCCACCCAGUCCCACUUGGAUGCUUCUCUUGGUCGCUUUAAUCGAUACAAGAAUCGUCCUGGCGCGUUUCUUGAUAGGGAGCACAAUGAAGAUGAGGAAAAGAAGAAGAACCUCCCUAGGACCCCGAAGAUUCUUAUUUCCUGGCAUCUACGCCCCGGUGGUUUUCCGACUACACUUACGCCAAAUAUUCCCUGGUCUGAAUUGCAGUUUCAAAAUAAGAAAAAACAGAACGGAAAAGUGGUCGAUAGGGGGUACAGUGUCUAUAACAUAGAGCACCAGGCACCGUAUUUACAAAAACUCGCUAGAGGCGAAAUUUCAUCUGCUGACGGAAAAAAUAUUAAAGGAAAAAAUAUGGCGCCGAAGAAAAAUAAACAAGCGCUGAAGCUCGGCGCCGACGAUGGCGAUUUUGUCAACGACAAUGAGGACAAAAACAAAAAAUCCGGCACGGAGAACGAGGAGGAAAACACCCUCGCGGGCGCCCACCUCGACGGACCGAGUCGGCAGCUGUUCCAGGUGGCUUACAACGAGAAAUCGAUGAAACCGCAGGCGGCCCGGGACUUCCCUCUCGUAGAGUUCGUGCGACAAGCAACCGCAAGUACAGUGUACAAAUCGGAGUAUGUCGAUGAAAACGGGGAAAUAGUGCCGCAACGGCCGUUAUCAAGUGCAAAAGUGUCUGGGUCUGGUUCUGGAAGGUUGGAACUUGUGAUGCUAACUUUGGACUCUAAAAAAAUUUGUAUUGCAUGACCAGCAAGUGCAAGAGGAGUAGGAGGAGUAGUGCUACGAAGGGAGGGCGUUUGUCAUGCGGAGUAGGCAUCAGGAAGCCCUCUAAAAAUAUGCGACGCUAGGGCGUGCAUAACAAGUCUCAGAACCUUCGAGACCCAGACAUUUUUGCAUUUGAUAGCCGUUGACGAAAGAAGAAAAAGACGAACUCAUGUCGCACCCGUCGUGGCUCCGGGAGCACGCGUAUGAAAUGCAAAAGUAUCGUACUCGUAGUAAUCGCAGUUGUGCAUUACAAAUCUCCAUCCAAAGGUAAAACAGCAUGACAAACCUUAUUUCUCAUGCUGAGCAAAUUUGUAAUGCAAUUCAUACUAGUACGAUGCUUUUGCAAUGCAUAACGCGACGCUGAUUUUCGGCGGGGUGCGGGUGUUGGACAUGAAACAGGAGCAGAACGACGCGGAUGUGGUAUGGAUUGCAAAAAUGUCUGGGUCUGGAAGAUUCUGACAUUUGUCAUGCAUGUCUGACAUGAGUCAUGUCAUGUCACAUGACACGAGAAUCUGUGAUGCAUGGGCGCGAAAAGCUUCGCCUAUCUGUCAUGCAAAAACGCAGCUCCUCAUGCGGAAUACGCAACACAUAGCAGCUCAAAAAUUUGUCAUGCUGGGCUGCGUAUUGCAGUCCGGCUAGCAUCCACUUUUUGCAUCACAAGUUUCCAGACCCAGACAUUUUUGCAUUCGAUAUGCGGAAGCGAAUUACAGUUUGAUGAAGGCGAAUUGGGAGUAUGACAAGAAGAACAUCCUGGACGAGGCGAACCAAAUCAACAACAACCCAGAUGGCUACACGAAGGCACAGCGACACAUGAUGCAGCAAGGGAAUAUCAACGCGGAGGGGGUCGUGGAGGAGGAGAAAUUAUUCCAAAACGAUUUAGACGGGAAACAGGUCGACUGGGCAACGUCCAGGCACAAAGCGGAAAGAACAGCCAUUACUAUGCCGGAACAAGUGGUAAAUACGUAUAAAUAGGAUUUGUGUUGGGUUGUAGCUCCUGUAUAGUACAUGAAUUUGUGUUGCGUAGGGUAUCAGCAUGUUGACACCACCUAAUUACAAGAAACACACGUCUUAUGGAUGUGUCAGAGUUGAAAUCGACAAAGUUAAAAUAAUUUGUCAUGCACAAAAUGGAUGCCAGUUGGAACCCAGUUUCCAAGUGGCGCAUGACAAAUCUUGGUGGCCCUUAAAUCCAGUUUGUCAUGCUGUUUAGGCAAAGAAGAGCGAUUUUCUCAUGCUACUUUAGCAGCUCGAGCUGUAACCCCAACCAGGCUUACAAUCGGCCUCACUUGCCUGCUCUGCAACACACGUGCCUCGGGUCAUGCAUUUUAUGCAUUACAAAUUAUUUCAACUUUGACGAUUUCAAACCUGACGCUUCCAUACGUCUACUACAGCAACACAACCGCAAGCGCGACGUGCUGGAGGAGUUGGAAAUCGAACAGGGGCACGACAACAUGCUCGUGUUGCAGGACUUGCCGGUCUUUGACUACCCGGAAGAGGACCCCGACUCGCCCGGGAAGAGGGACUCCACUGGCAUGGACAUGGACAUGGAUUUCGGCAACGACGCACCCAUGCCCGACCUAAACCUUGACGUGGAAAUGGGGAACGCAAGUGUAGUAGGCGGUGUCAACAACGUCGCCGGCACGCCCGCAGCCGGGGCUGGGUUUGGAGACGAUGUAAGAGUAGUUUUCGCUAUUGUUGAAGAAGAACUGUAUGCAUGUUGAUACGCCGCACUGAUGGUUCUUGCUUUAUGUUGCUUGUGAGUCUGGUUGGUGCCGCCGAUUCUGCAUGACAAAAAUUUUGUGCAGUCGUCUGCGACGGCAAUUUUUCACGACAAAAAUCCACCCACAGCUCCCCACCCCCGUCGGCGCCCCGCAGGACCUCGCGGCCCAAAAUCUGUUCGGCCAGACCCCAAUGCUCGACCCCGUGACCGGGUUGCCAAUAUUGGGCAAACCCCCGGAAACCCCCGGCGGUGGUUUACAGGACGGCGCCGGGACGCCGAACUCCGUGAACCAGUUCCUGCAAUCGAAUCAAACGAACAACCCCACGCCCUUUCAGCAGCAACAAGUGAACAACACACCAUUUCUCCUGGACCCAAACACCUUACUCGACCGGGCACAACAGGUGGUGUUACAGCCUGGAGGAGCUGCACCAAUUGGGCUUGGUGGUCUAGGGUUGGCCGGAGACGGUGGUCAGCAGCAAGCAAUACCGGGCAUCGAACCCGGAAACCAGCCCAGCGCCUCCUCCUCCGCCAUACCCGGACAACAACCCCAGGUAUGGAGUUCUCAAACGUUACACUCUCAACUGUCACAUGAAUUUGUAAUGCAAGACUGGCAAGAGUGAAAGGAGGAAGAAUGCGCCUUUUGCAUUACAAGUUUGGCGCAGAUUUAGAUGCUUUUUAGCUCUUCCGAAAUUUGUCAUGCGAAGCAGCUCGAUCAUCUGCCGGCUGCAGGCACUUUUGCAUGACAGUAUCAUGUAAGAGUUGAGAGUGUAACGUUUGAGAACGCCAUACCAGGAUCCGCAGACGCUGUUGAAAAGCAAAAAGCAGAAGCCACUCGUCUCGGAGCAGCAGAAAAUCCUGACCUUUUUCAAGCAACUCCAACCCGACGGGCCCGACCGGGAGAAGUUGACGCUGACAGACGAGGUAUCCGCAGCGAAAACGUCCCCAUACCAGAGUUGUCAUGCAGGUUUGCAAUUACAGCAACAAUUGGAAUGCGGGCCCGCAUGACAGGCAUUCCCCAUCGUGUUUUGGUAUUCGUAAUGCUGUAAGCAGGAUGGGAGAAUGGCUUUGUGAUGCGGUUGUGCUUGCUACCCUGCACUACAAUACAGAGAGAAACUUGUCAUGCUUCCCCGCAAAACUUCUGGAUUAGUGUUGCUAAGUUCCCAACUUGACUCUGGGGUGGGAAUGUUUUUGCUCAGCAUACGAGGAGAUGCGAAAAAACAUCUCGAGACGGAAGAAAUUCACAUUGCCGCUCUUCAGCAACGACCCGGAAAAGGUGCACAUGAAAGCGAUCUAUCAAGUGUAAAAAUGUCUGGGUCUGGAAACUUGUGAUGCUGGGUGGCGUAUCAUGAGGGGGCCAUAAAUGCUGGCUCAGCAUGACAAGUUUCUGAGCUUCUAGGUGCUGCCUAUUCUGCAUGACAAACUACGUUUCUGCAUGACAGAAAAGUGGCGUUCUCGGGUAACGUGCAUGACAGAUUUGAGAGUCAUGCCAGACAAGCAUAGCAAACCUGCACUCUUCCAGACCCAGACAUUUUUACAUCUGAUACGAUCCUGAAGGAGUUUCAUCAUCUGCCCUUCCCGAAAGGCGGCAGGCCGCACAUGGCGAUGACGUUCAACCACCAAAUGGCCGAGUUCCACGUCUACGCGCACUGGAGGGGGCGGCGUAAGACUUCUGAUGAUUCUUCUAGUUUGGUUCGUAGUUCACCACCCCUUGUUAUUCGUGGCUCUGAUGGUUCAAAUGCUUCACGUAGUCGUGAAGCUGGUGUAGUAGGUCGUUUUGAUUCAUCUUCAUCGUCGGCGCACGAACAUAAGAACGUGGCUCUUGUACAGGAGACGAAAAGCAAGUUUGAUUUCCGGCGUAGAGACCGGAAAAACAACGCCUUUGCUCCGGAUGCGCGCUGCGACUACUCGCAGAUAUCUGAUGCGCUAGAAAAUCUGAGGUCCGGAGGUAGUAAUAGGGGCAGAAGUUCUAAAAAUAAAGCGACACAAGAAGUAGAAGUGCUGCCAAUUCUGCUCGACGGCAGCCCAGAUGAAGUGGAAGAUGCAGCAAUAGAAGUAGUUCCUCCAGCUGGUGCCAGUGAUAGAAAAAACAGCUUACAGAAAAAUAACCCCAAAAGAACCCCUAGUACAAAUUGCACAAAUAAUUCUAUUGGCGACUCCCCUGAUGACAUAAAUAACAACGACUCUACUGCUUGCUUUGGCAAGAACCCCGAUGGCGGUGCUGUGCAGUUUGGCGAUAUUGAUUUCCGUGACGACACUACUAGUUAUAGUUUCCGUAAUCAUGCCUCGGGCAGGAAGAUCGAUUUUUCCAUCUCCGGGGAACAAGAUGUUCUGCUUUCAAAUCAAAAAGGCAAUACAGACCAACAACCGCUUCUGUCGAACUCGAAUUUUAACCCGAUGGGCAAGCAGGACGACAUUUUCGGGUCUCCGCGAAAACGACGGAACAGUCAGGUGCAAUUCGAGGACGAGUCUGACGAGGAGAAAAAUCAAGAGGCCUGGAAUAUGAAUUGCAAAACCAAAAGCGUCGUGCUAGUAGUAAUCGCAUUACAAAUUAGAAGCUCGGCAUGACAAAUGGAGUUUGUAAUGCUGUUUUGCCUUGGGAUGAAAAUUUGUAAUGCAUGAUUGCGAUUACUACGAGUGCGAUACUUUUGCACAGGAUAUGGAAAAGGCAGCGAAGAUUGUCCGAGGAGCAAGAGCAGCGGUUUGGCAACUCUCCAAUCUUCGGCGGCUCCGCGUUUGGCAACACUCCGUCACCGUUCAAAGGCAUGGACGAGGACCUGAAGUUGAUCAACCUGCAGAAACCAAAAACCAUGAUGGAAGUGGUAAAUUGUUUUUUUUGUACUUCUUUAUGAUGCAGCGUCGGCAAACUGUAAAAACUGACUUUGUCGUGUUGCUAGUGCUUUUUACAGAGAACUAUACAUACUUGUGCCUCAUUUUUGCAUCGUGAUGAAACAGAUUAUGUUCUUGUGAAAAUAAGAAAACGACAUCCACCUACUAUCCAAGAGAGAAAGAUUCUAGGUGUAACUUUUUUGGCUGAUCAGCAUUACAAAUGUGUCUGGCAUGACAGCAGAAACCUGUCAUGCGCAGAUAGCACGUCAAAACGCGCUUGAAUGGACCCUGCAAUGCAUGUCCAGCAUAACAGACGCAAUCAUCUAAUGCGUGUUGCGCAUCACAAACUUACACUAACAAUGUUUUUUUCCUGCAUACCUACAGGUCGAAAUCGCGGGCACCACCGGCGACAACCAGGACCAGGAAGAGGAAAACAUUACCGGUUACAGUGCCCGGACGGCUAUCCCCUGUAAAAGUUUAUCGUACUCAUGUUUUAAUACUGAUUGCAGCCACGGACGAGCAUGACAGAUCGACUUUUGAUUGCCUGAACCUGCAUGAACUUGUUCCGCUUCCGUUUGGGAAGAUCAUUUGUUCUCGUGCGAAGAUUCGUAUUAAGCAGUACGAUAGUUUUGCCAUGCAUAACGGCGAAGAUGCACCAGUUCAUCUCCGGGAAAUACGAGGAGAACAAGGAAAAACAUGGCCACGACCACUUGGACGACUUAAAAAACGAGGAGGACGGGGAGAAAACCGUCGAGCCGACUUUCAGCUACCUGGACGUGUGCGAGCAGCAAGAGCCCACCUUCCUCCACGUGAUGGACAAGAAGAAGGCCCUGGCCGUAUCCUGAGGAAAAUCGUCCCCACCCCAGAGUUGUCAUGCAGAUUUGCAGUUACAGGAAGAGUUGUAAUGCGCAUCCCCGUGAGAGGCAUUUCCAAUCGUGUUUUGGACUCUGUCAUGCUGUAAACAGGAUGAGUAGAUUGGUUUGUGUUGCGGCUGUACUUGCUAAACUGCGCUACAAUGCAGACAGGAACUUGUCAUGCUUAACUCCCAACACUUUUCGACUUCUGUUGCGAGAUCCCCAUCUUGACUCGUGGGUGGUGACGUUUUUACAUAUGAUAGGCCGGGUGCUUUUUCGAGAUGCUGGUUUUGAAAACCAUGUCGGUGAUUGACGUGGCGCAGGACGUAUGCAUUGCAAAUAUGUCUGGGUCUGGAAAGUUGUGAUGCUAAUUUGCGGAUCACAAGCAACCUCCAAUACGGUGACACGCACGACAAGUUUCUGAGCGAGGACUAGGUCUUGUGUAAACUGCAUGAAAAACUGCGCUCUUGCAUUACAAUAAAGCAGCUCGGUAGAAGCGCAACGUGCAUGACAGAUCUUUGUCUCGUGUCAGCCGAGCAUUACAAGUCUUACAAUCUCCCAGGCCCAGACAUAUUUGCAUUUGAUAGGAGGAGAAAUUUGGGGACAUCGUCGUCACAAAAGGGUUAUGCAUUGCAAAAGUAUCGUACUAGUAUAAAUCGCAAUACAAAUUUUUCCAGAAGAAAAAAUGAAACUUGUAAUGCUGAUUUCGCUAAGAAACAAGAUUUGUCAUGCAUGAUUGCAAUUAGUACGAGUGCGAUACUUUUGCACAGGAUAAGGGUUAAAGUGGACGGACGAGCCGGAGACGGAUGACGUCGGGCUGCGGAAACCGAAAAAACCGAAAAUGAAGUCCAAGGCCGACAUGUCACCGGUGCAGCGGGCGUUCGCGGCCAAAACCAGCAGCUCCGCCGCCGCAAGUAAGUUGUUCGCGAAGAAAUGACCACAGAACCGGGUGCAGUUCUUGAUGUGUUGGGCGGUAAGAGAGGGAGGAGGAUCUACAGGAGUCAUCAGCUGCGAAGGUCGCGUGAUAGAAGGAGGUUGAUGGGACAGAUGCGAUGUGGUUGCGGGAGGUGAUCACAGGUUUCGCUGAAAGCAUCAGCACGCGUUGGUCAAGAAAAUUUCAAAUAAGCGACAGGACCUGUAGAGCUAUUGUUUGAUUUGGAAUUAUGAGUCCGCUUCCGAAGAAUUAAAGCUGGAAAGAAGAAUAAGACAGCUUCCUCUCCACUGUAUCCUGUUCGGACAACUUCGCCUCGAGUUAUCGAUUGUCGGUCGUCGAGACGGAAAGUGAGAGCCUUCGAGGUUCCUGUUUAAUCGUGC